AUGCAAGCCAACAACAAUCAGGAGAACCCGGAACUGAACCACAUCGUGGAGGAUAAGAGCAUGUCGUUUGCUCAACAUGUUCCCCCUUCUGAUCAUCUUUUCAGAGUCGAAACAGGCUGGACUACACCUCCCAGCAGCGUCGGCGAUUCAAUAAGCCGAAACCCUUCGAUAUCCACUGGUUUGGCCCUGCUUGGGGUUGAUGACAGGACUAUGUCUGAGAAUCAUAUGCCUGCACCGCCAGAGAUGUUCGCCACGACAAUCCCUUGGACUCCACCAAACGACCCCUCCUGCACCCCAUAUGGCGAUGCCGUCUCGGCGUCUCCAAUGCCUGGAUCACAUAUGCGCUCACAGUCCUUUGACUUGUCCAUGUCUACACCUAUGGUAUGGACCGAUCCAACAGGCCCUGACAUGCCAGCAUAUAGCCAGAUGCCGACUCCUGCAAGUAUGGCGUCAAAUUACUUUCCUAGUCCAACUGCAACACCAAUGGUACGACCUGCCGCGUCACGCAAUAAGUCUUCACCAUCGAUUCAUGCCGGUUCGUGCACUUGCUUCACGGUCUGUUUGCAGUCUCUCCAGGCCUUGCACAACGCUUCCUCCCCGGCAGUCCCUCCAUUCGACUUGGUUCUGUCUCUCAACCGCAAGGCAGUUGAAGGCUGUGCUGCCAUGCUGGCAUGCACCAAGUGUAUGAGCCGAUCGGGAACCCACACUGCCGCAAUGUUGCUGGCAACAGUAAUGGGGAAGAUUACGUCAUUCUACAAGCAUGCAACGCAUUCACACUUCGAGCAUGAUCCUAUUGGCAUGAGCCAGAUUAACCCAGGAGGUGCUCUGGGAGUCAGCUUUGGUGCUUAUCAACUCAAUGGCGAAGAUGGAAGAUGGCUUGAACUUGAAAUCCUUGCCAGAGAACUACGAAAGCUGGAAGAAUUGUACGCUCGAUUUCGUGAAGUUUGCGCGGACCUGUCCGACGACCCUGAAGUUAGUAGGGCUAUGAUAGGAUACCUGGGACAAAACCUCGGGACAACACUUGAGGUUGUCAGUCACAGAAAAGGCGAUAUGGUUUUCGCCUGA